UUGUAUAUCCUCUGCCAUGGCGAUGACACACUACUGUUGGACAGUGUUAAUGAGUCUUCUGAUUUCGGGAUAUUCAGAAGAUGUACUAGGACCUCCCACAAACGUUCGAUUUAUAGUCGUUAACAUUAAUUCAACAUUGAUAUGGGAUCCACCAGAGAUUGUUAGUGAUGGUGACGUCAUCUUAUAUACAGCGAAAUAUCAAAGAUGUGGCAGUGAACAUGUUAUGGACAAGCCUGAAUGUACUCGCAUUACAUCUACAAGGUGUAAUUUUGGAGCUGACUUUUUUCCAUCUGAAAAACUGUGGUGUGCAGUUGUGGAGAGUAUAAGUGAACAGUUUAACACUACAAGUCAAAGCGUCACCAAAUCUACAUAUCCGCGAGUAGCGGGUGUUAUUGGACGUCCUGAUAUGACAACAAUGAUUAUUGGUAGCUCUUAUAUAUACAUAUCUUGGUUAGCACCACAGACACCGUACACAUAUCCAAUAAAUGGUGAAGUCAAGCGAGUUAAUAAUUUUAUGAGAGUAGAUUAUAAUUUAACGUACUGGGAAACAAAUAACAAAGAUGUAAAAGUUACUACAAGCCAACAAACUAAACUAAACUUGAAUUUAACAGAUUUGCAGCCGGCGACUUCGUAUGACAUUGUUAUUCAAGGCCAGAUUAAUGAAGUCUAUGGCAUCCCUUUAAAAAUAAAUGCAGCCACAGAAGAAACAGCGCCAGGUGUAGGUGUUGACAGAGUGAUCGUAAAUGUGCAGUCACCCGAUUGUUACACGUCAUCCGAUUUGAACAACGUGAACAUUGAGUGGUCUCCCAUAGACGAGGAAGAUCAUAAUGGAGUGUUAACACGUUAUGAAGUACACUAUAGCUACAGUAAUACCACUCUACAAAUACAGAACAUUACAGAUGUCAAUGCCACGUCUACACUGCUUACUGAUCUAUAUAGAUGGGAACAGUAUUAUAUCACAGUCAGUGUCUGUACUAGUGCUGGAUGUACGGAACAUAAGGGUGCACCUUACGUUUUAGAACCCGAUAAAGUAGGUUUGGAUCCCCCGGGUCAUAUCUUGGCCGAAUACACUUCGACAAGCUCAUUCAACGUGUCAUGGAUACCACCGGAUAAUGAUGAAUGUAUAAUUGGCUAUCACGUUACAUAUAAUAACAAUCGGUCAUCAAUUUAUAAUAUGUUUGUUCGUGAUGACUUAUAUGUACAUAUCACCGAUGUGCCGGCGUCUUAUUACAUGGUAUAUGUGUCUGCAGUGAUAUAUUCUGAUUUUAAUUCAUCUGUGAAUGGUUCUCAUGCAGUAACUGGUAUAAACAUUCGAGUCGCAACAAACUCGAGUAAACUUUAUUUGAUAGCUGUAGUUCCUGGAAUAAUAGUUUUGAUUUGCGUCCUGGUAUUGAUUUACCAAUGUAAAAGAGAUGCUGUCAAAACAAUAUUUGCCAAUCCAUUGCCUAGAAAGCAAUGGAAAAUAUAUGUGACAACAUUAUCGAUGAAAGAAUCGAUUCCUGUUUAUCGUGAAGAACCAAAUGAAGAAGAGUAUGACGCUCCUCGUUUCCUGCAAAAUACACCUAGACAGACGUCGUCAUCUUCAUCAUCUAAUUUGUCUGAGUUGAUUCGUAAUACGAAUACAGUGAAUGGAAAUGACGGAAUUGAAAUUGUAAGUGAGGUUGAACAGAUGAUAGCGGCUGGGACGGACGAGUCUGCAAUCAUAAAAACAAGUCCAUCUAUGAAUUCUGAUAAUUAUGUUCACAGACGAGACCAACUUUCAAGUCCAGCACUUGGCAGAUCACAUACUCUCACUCAUGGCCAACUUUGUGACAGUUCUCUUAACUCCAGCUUUGAUGAGAAUGAAAGUGAUUUAGAGAACACCAUAGAUUUGAACAGAUUUUUAAAUGAAUCACUCAACGAUAUCAGUGACGUAAAUCAAGGAGGACAACAACAUUUUACUGGACAUGGUCCCGAGUUAUUGAACACGUCAGAUGACGGAGGUAUUUCUGACAUUGCCAACAGUAACACACCUUCUAAUUUGUUUAGUUACAGUAAAGUAACUGAAGCAGGCGAUGGAUAUUCGUUAUUUUGA